UGGGCGGUGGGCUCCACUCCAAGGACGCCUUCUCCCUCUCUUUUCUCUGCUUGUUCUGAUCGAGGUUCUCUCGUCGGCUUUAUAGAAGUCAUCGAGGGAUGGAGCGAGGGGGCUUGAAGCGGGUUUCUGGCGAUGCUUUGGAUCUCUCCAGGGCCUUUCUUGUGUAAAGGGAAAAGGAAGCGGAAUAUAAUGUUCUUGAUUGAGUCUGAUAUUUUGAUGUAACCAAGUUUCGUUGGGGUUGGAUGGGUGUAAUGUGUGUUGCAUAUGGUUUGCAACAGGUGAAUUUGAGUAGUCGAUAUUAUUGUAUAAGUUGCCACUCUCAGUUGUGCCUUGGGCAUGUGAAGGAGGACAAGGCUUCGUCUUUGGAUGGAAAAUUUUGUUUGAGGAAGCAGGAGGAAGAAUCUUCAAGAAUGAGCAGUUGGAUUCCUUACACCAGUCUCAUGAGCAACCACAUUCCAAGUUGUGGUGAUUUCCCAGCUGAUAUGGAUUCACUGAGCAGGGAGGACGAAGAUGAGGCUUUAGGUACCAAUCAAAGGUGUCCAAAACUGGAAUUUACUGAACACUCUGAAAAUGGUGGUGAUGGAAGUUCAUCAAUACAUAUUGAUUCUCAGAAAUCUCAUGCUAAGACCACCAUAGAUGGGCUUCCCCCGGCAAUGGAAGAAAUCCAUAGAUCUAGCUCAUUAGCAUGGGAAAACCAUGAGGAGAGUGAUGCUGAGUUCAUUGGUGUUCAUAAGAGCACCUUGGAAGAUGUAAGAUCUGUAAGAGCUGGAGGUGGUUCAGAUGGAGCAGAUAAUGCUAUUGACAGCAGAAGUGCAUCGAUCUUAUCCAAUGCUGAAACCAACCUUCUGAUCUGGAUGCCACCCAAACCACUCAACAUUGAAGAUGACAUGGAUUCUGUCGCUAAUAAUGAUGAUGAUGAUGAGUUCGGUGAUGGUACAAAAUGGGGUCAACCAAGUUUCUUGAGUAGUGUGGAUGGUGGACACAGAAGCAUUCAUGGUUGCAAAGAAGAGCACCAAAAUGCAAUGAUGGAAGCAAUGAAUGGGCCAUUUAAGAUUCUUGUAAGUCGACUUUUGGCAUCAGAAGGUAUAACUUCUAAGGGAGAGGAUGGUGAAAGUUGGCUUGACAUUGUUGUUUCUUUAUCAUGGGAAGCUGCACUGCUUGUUAAGCCUGACUCUGGUGAGGGUAGAGCAAUGGAUGCUGGGUCCUAUGUGAAAGUUAAGUGCAUUGCCACAGGUGCUCGCAGUCAAAGUCAGGUGAUCAAGGGUUUAGUUUUCAAGAAAAACACUGCACACAAGCACAUGCCAACCAAGUGUAGAAAUCCUAGACUAUUACUUCUUAAAGGGCCCCUUGGGCAGCGUGAUAUUGGUUUGUCAUCAUUUGAUUUAAUGGAACAGGAUAAGGAAUAUUUAAGAUCCAUCAGUGAGAUGCUAGAAACAUGUCAUCCGAAUGUGGUUUUGGUAGAGAAAAAUGUUUCACGUGAUAUGCAGGAGUCCCUUUUGGCAAAAGGAAUGACUUUAGCACUUGAUAUGAAACUCAGUCGAUUAGAAAGAAUUGCUCGCUGUGCAGGUUCUGAGAUUAUAUCUGCUUCUGACAUUCUUGCCAAUCCAAAGCUGAAACAUUGUGAUUCAUUUCGCACUGAAAAGUUUGUGGAGGAACAUAGCAAUCCUAGUGGAAAGAAGUCAUGCAAAACUUUGAUGUUCUUGGAGGGUUUUCCAAAACCCUUGGGGUGUACGAUAUUGCUGAAAGGAUCUCAUUGUGAUGAACUGAAGAAAAUAAAACGAGUGGUGCAGUACACAGUCUUUGCCGCAUAUCGUUUGAUCCUUGAAACAUCAUUCUUUGCAGAUCAAAGAGCUUUUUCCUGUGAUGCGUGUGCUGUUAGAGAAGCAAAUUGUUCUUUAACAGAUAUAUCAGUGCCCUUGAGUAGUUGUAAUGCUGCAGGUAGUGCAGAUAUUUUUGAUGGUUCUGAUGCUGCUUUAGGUACUCCUAUUUCCGAUGCAUCCCAAGCAAAAACAGCUCAUACAGAAAUAUCCUCUUUUUCGCAUCCUGGUUUUAAAGGUUCUUCAGAGUCAUCUGUAUUUUGCCCUAAUAUUGAUUGUAAUGAAAAUCAUCUUUCACAUGGGGAUCUUUCUUGUAAUAGAUGCAACAAUGACGAAACCUUGCCAGAUUCAUCAACACCAUCUCUUCUUUCCAGUCAAUUAAUGUCAACUUUCUCAGCUUCUCUUAGAAACUUGGUUGGAGACAGCUAUCAACCUCCCAUUUCAGAGCAUGUUUCAAUGUACUUGGGCUUCAAGGAAGAAGAGCUUGAUAUUCCAAGUAUUGGUGUCUUACCUGUUUCUCCACCAACAGAAACACUUAAUCAUGGCAUAGAAGAAACCAGUAGCGUCAUUCUAGAGAAAGCACAUGAUGGAAUCUCUAAUGGUGAAAAGGCUGAACGAAAUUGCAAUGAGACAAUUAAGAAACAUGAUACUAAUUUUAGCAACAAAUUUGAAAUGCAAAACAAGGAUGACAUUGAGAGCAUAUCAGAUUCUGAAAGCAUAUUGGUAUUGUUGUCUAGCCAGUGUAUGUCAAAGCAUGUUGUUUGCGAGCAAAGUCGUCUUUCUCGUAUAAAAUACUAUGGGAAUUUUGAUGUGUCUCUUGGACGAUUCCUUAAAGAAAUUAUUCUCAACCAGAAUUACAGUUGCUCUUCAUGCGGUGAACCCCCAGAGGCUCAUGUAUCCUGCUACACUCACCAGAAUGGGAAUCUAACUGUUUCAUCCAGGAGACUUCCUCCAGAAUCAUCUUUGUCCGGGGAAGCAGAAGGAAAAAUUUGGAUGUGGACUAGGUGUCUAAAAUGCGAGAAUGAAAGUGGGAUCCCAAGAUCCACCAAGAGGGUUGUGAUGUCUACUGCAGCUCGUGGUCUCUCUUUUGGAAAAUUCUUAGAGCUGAGCUUUACAAGCCAUUCGGCAGCUAGUCGAUUAUCUUCAGGAUGUGGACACUCACUGCACAGAGACUGCCUUCGCUUUUUCGGGUUAGGCUCCAGAGUUGCAAUGUUCAGAUAUUCAUCUGUUGAAAUCUAUGCUGCAAGUAAGCCACCACCAGUACUGGAGUUCCAUAAUCCAAAUGGACAAGAGUCGCUCAUGAGAGAGGCAAAAGAUGUGCUUGAAAAAGGAAACACAUUUUUCUUGGAGGUUGCAAGUUUACUGCAUAAGUUGAAGCCCAAAUAUUCUACCUUGGUUUUGAAGAAAUUUCUAAACUUUCCAUGUUUGGUAAAAGAUAUUUCUGAACUUGACGAGAUGUUGAUGCAAGAAAAAUCUGAGUUCGAGGCUCCAUUACUAAAGGCGAUCAAUUGCAGUGGAGAGAUGGGGAAGAGUGUGCAUGAAAUCCUUGGUUUGGGUUGGUUAUUUCAAGAGUUGCUUCUUAAACUUUACAUCUGGGACCGUCGUCUGCAUUUCCUCCUUGCAUAUGCAAGAGACAAUGAUGCUUCUUCUAAUGAAGUCCAUGAAGAUCAAUUUGUGCAGGCGAAGUAUGCCAUGCCCUGUAGCAGUGUUGAAGAAUCCUCUUCUUCUGAUAGCCAUAGUUCUAAGAAUUACAGCAUUUUGGAAUCCAAGCUGGAAGCCGGGUCAGACAAACUUUCUGAAAAUAUGAGCAGUAAAUUUAGUAUUUCCACUGCUGCUGAGGUUGCAGAGGCCGGAAUUUUGAUUGGAGAGACUUUUUCUAGAUCAAUGUCUGGGGGAAAAAUACCAUCUGCUUUUGACCAAGAACCAUAUAAGGGUCCAUCUGACCUCUUGUUGAGGUUUUCAAGGGACAAAGAUUAUCCAGGAGAAUCUGCUACUAUUUUAGAAUAUAUGCAAGAUGAUAACCCUGAAGGUUGGAUCUGGGCUCCAUCCUUUAAAACAAGGAGCGCAUACAAGAAGGAUCUCUGUGGUGGUUACUCACAGAAGUUCAAGUUUGUCCAUACUUAUACUCCAACACACCUGUCCCCAAUACGCCAACUAGUCCCUCGGGAAACGGAGGAUUCAUUGCACUUCCCUGUUAAUGUAGAUGGCAAUGUUUUCUCUGUUUGUGACAAUGAAAUAUCAAGCAUAAUUGCCUGUGCACUGGCCCUGUCUGAGGAUCAGUUUGGUUUAUUGGCAAACGUAGAUGAAAAAGAUGAACUAGUUGGCAAAACAGAAGCUAAAGUAAUCGAUAACUCAUGUAGCUCAACUUCUGAUGGUUCUGGGGCUUCAUCUUAUUGGUCAUCUACUGGAUCUUUAGAUUCAGAGGGGUCACAUGUUUCACUGAGUACGUCAAUUUCUUCUGAUGAGGUGCCCAGCUCAGGUUCUGAAGGUUCUUUCCCUGUGGAUCACCAGGUGGCUUCAGAAAACAUGCAUCCUGAAAUCCCUGUGGGUGUGGGAAAAGUAACUGGAAAAAGUAAAUACUCAGUUGUUUGUCUACAUGCAAAACAAUUCUAUGCUCUUCGAAGGAUGUGUUGCCCAUCUGAACUGGCUUACAUAUCUUCCUUAAGCCGUUGCAAAAAAUGGAAUGCUCAGGGAGGAAAGAGUAAAGCUUUCUUUGCAAAGACAUUGGAUGACAGAUUCAUCAUAAAAGAAAUCAAGAAGACCGAGCUUGACUCCUUUCUAAAGUUUGCUCCGGAUUAUUUUGAGCAUAUCUGUCAUUCUUUAAGCGCCGGAAGCCAAACAUGUCUUGCAAAAGUCUUGGGCAUAUAUCAGGUUAAAGAAUAUAAAAACAGCAAAGAAGUGAAAACUGAUCUGAUGGUGAUGGAAAAUCUUCUUUUUGGACGAAAUAUUACUCGCAAAUAUGAUCUUAAGGGAUCUAUUUUUUCCCGAUACAUUUCAGAUGUGAAUGACCCUGAAAAGGUUUUUUUGGAUCAAAACUUUAUUGAGGAUAUGCAAGCAUCUCCCAUGUAUGUUAGUAGAAAAACCAAACAUCUUCUGCAACGGGCUAUCUGGAAUGACACAUCUUUUCUUACAUCUAUUAAUGUCAUGGAUUACUCUUUACUUGUGGGAGUGGACAAACAACGAAAGGAGCUGGUAUUUGGUAUUAUUGAUUAUCUAAGGCAGUACACUUGGGAUAAACAACUGGAGACCUGGGUGAAGGCUUCUCUAGUUGUUCCUAGAAAUGCAUCACCAACUGUUAUUUUCCCAAAGGAAUAUAAGAAAAGGUUCAGAAAGUUUAUGUCUCAGUACUUCCUGACAGUUCCAGAUGGUUGGAAUUCAGUGUGAUGUUCGGUCUCUUGUAGAUUGUGUUGAUAUUGGUGACAAUUCAUCAAAGUUAGACAGUACAAAGCUGCCAAAGUAGUCCAAAAGUGCAAAUUCUCUUUUGUUUGAAGGCUGAUAUAUGAGUGUCCCUGAUUAUUCUCUGGCAUUGGACGAAAAUAUAUUCUGCUCUUCUGUUCUUCUGUCUUUACAACAACUGUACAUAGAUGUUCAUUACAGUUAGGUUUCCCAAUUUUGCAAUUUUUAAGCAAAAUUUUGGAGCAAGUUGGUCUGUGAUAAUUGUGAUUAUUUAUAUGUUUAUUUUUUGUCACUAUUGAAUUGCUUUACAGGGAUUGUAAAGUGGUUUCUUUUUUGUGGAAAUAAAUCAACAGGAAUAAAAUGGCAAAAUUUCAUGUUAA